GACGUCCAAUAGCCUGAUCGGGGCUUUAGUCAGCCACUCUCUCGCAGGAGAUCCCUCUGGUGAAGAGCAUCGUAGACGGGGGUUAGCCACGGCUGCAAGAUCGUCGCCAGAUUCAGUUAGGACCGAGAUUUGCUCCUCGCAGCCGCAGCAUCACCUCACACUCCCCAGCUAGAACCACCGUGUAGCAACCAUGUCUGUAGCGGGGCUCAAGAAGCAAUUCCACAAAGCCACUCAGAAAGUGAGUGAGAAAGUCGGGGGAGCGGAAGGAACAAAGCUCGAUGAGGACUUCACUGAAAUGGAAAAGAGGGUGGACACCACCGCUCGAGCAGUGCUGGACAUCAUGACCAAAACCACUGAGUAUUUGCAGCCAAACCCAGCCACCAGAGCCAAGAUGAGCAUGAUGAACUCCAUGUCGCGCAUGCGCGGCCAGGAGAAAGGGCCGGGCUACACGCAGACCGAGACCAUCCUGGGAGAGUCCAUGCAGAGGUUCGGCCGGGAGCUCGGGGAGGACUCUAACUUUGGCCUUGCCCUGAUUGAUGCUGGGGAAGCCAUGCGUGAGCUUGGAGAGGUUAAAGAUGCUCUGGACAUGGAGGUGAAGCAGAACUUCAUCGACCCACUGCAGAACCUCCAUGAAAAAGACCUCAAGGAGAUUCAGCACCACCUGAAGAAAAUGGAGGGCCGCCGCCUGGACUUUGAUUAUAAGAAGAAACGUCAGGGCAAAGUGACAGAUGACGAGCUCAAAGCGGCGCUGGAGAAGUUCGACGACUCCAAGGAAAUUGCUGAGCAGAGCAUGUUCAAUCUGUUGGAGUGCGACAUUGAACAGGUGAGCCAGCUGGCCGCGCUGGUCCACGCUCAGGUGGAGUAUCACAGCCGGGCUGCUGAGAUCCUCACACAGCUUUCCAGUAAGAUAGACGAACGGAUAAGGGACACUUCCACCAAACCGAGGAAAGAGUUUGCCCCGAAGCCACGUACAUCUCUGGACUUCUCCAUCAGUGAGAACCAUAACGGAGGCAUCCACGGGGCUCGUUCUCCAGGUGCGAGGUCUCCAGCAAGAUCUCCAGCCAGGUCUCCAGCUCCCAUGGACCAGCCCUGCUGUCGCGCACUGUAUGAUUUCGACCCCGAGAACGAAGGUGAGCUAGGCUUCAAGGAAGGCGACAUCAUCACCCUAACCAAUAAGAUCGACGACAACUGGUACGAAGGGAUGCUCCACGGCAACUCUGGCUUUUUCCCCAUCAACUAUGUGGAUAUCCUGGUGCCGCUGCCCCACUAGGACGUCACCACUACCAGCUGUGUCUGCAACAAAUCCUGGCCUCCAGCUCCUCGUUCCUUCCAGUAUCCCCCUCCCCCCCGUCCCGUAACCUUUUUCCUAAACGUUCCCACUACUAACCACCUGCGCUCCGCUUUAAAGGAGCCAAUACAGCAACAACACAAUAACGAACAAAGAUGUGAACAAGGCUAAUGAGGAGUAAAAGCAAGUGUGCACCGAAUGAGCGUUAAAAAAAAAGAAAAAAAAAAACUUUUAAGGAAAAUGAGGAAAAAUCUGCAUUGAUGUUGUUGCCCUCCCCCCCUUAUUCCAGGAGGUACCUUCAGGCUUCCAUAGUCUAAUACUUUGCCCAUCGCUGUCCCCGGCUUCUGUCCUGGUUUAAGUUGGCUGUCAGUCCGUCACGAGUUUAUCAGAGCAGCUCUGCAGAAUCACACUUUCUCUCAUUCACUGUAUUUUGUGCAAACCUCUACAGUAGAUAGAAUCUUUUCUCUCACAUACUACGAAAAUAAUGUUGGUCCACGUGCUUCAUGUUUGUUAGAGACUGUACGUCAAGCAUGGUUUCAAGUGUUUUAACGUUUUAUCUUAUUAAAAAAAAAAAAAGAAUAUGUUGAGUAGUUUUGUUUCAAAUAGUCCUCUUUUUAACAGUAGUCGUCUCUCUUGACAUGCUCGGACAGUUUAUUUAUUUAAUUUUAUUUAUUUUUUUAGAAGAAACAGCGUCCUUGUCGUGCCCUAAAAAGUCUGUCUCUCUCUAAAGGAGUUUUAAUAAUAAUAAAAACGUUGUAGGCGGAUUCAUCGAGCUGACAACCGAUAGUAUUUUUAUGUUUUACAUAUCAACGUGCACGUGUGAUUGACUGGUCAUGUGUGAUUUAGAUACCAAAGUUAUCUGCUAUUUAGCUCCGACGGGACGCGUCGGCAAAGCCAGCGUGACGCCACAGGGUCAAGCUUGCGAUCUCUAGUUCUUUGGUAUUUUAUAAGGAGUGGGUGAAACUGUAUUCUUGAGUGCGUUACACAUUACAUAUCUGAGCCAGUGAUUAGUGAAGUGGUGACAUGAUUUGCAGAACCCCAAGUCGUGAAGUUUCAACGGUUUGAAGUGAAAACUAUGGUGCAUCAGUUUCAGUCCUCCGACAUGUAUUUUAUCAGCGACGUGAACAGUGGUUGGUGUUUUGUGAUAUAAUAACUUAUAGGACUUAACCGCUCAUCGGGGGAAGACGUUUUUUUUGCUGAAGACGUGGCUCUUUCUGCUGCGUCCCUGCUAGGCCAGUUAGCGUUCCUGUAGUUUAGGUUGUCGAUAAGCCACUGAUUAAGAUGACACUCGGUGUGAGGAAGCUGAAGGGAGGACGAAGGACGAUGCGACUUAGGCUAAAAAAUAACACUUUUCUUCCUGAUGAUAUAGACGAAAAGCCACUGCGUCCCCCUCCCCGUGUCAUGUCAGACCUCAGAACAAACUGUUAUACAUAAUGUUUAGUAUUCUCUGACCUGUUGUGGGCUUGUAUGCGAUGUUGUGUGGGAUUGUGUUCACGUCUUUAAGUGAUACUGCUGAUAACCUGGAACACAAAUCCACUUUGGUUUUUAUCUUUUAGUCAGGUGAGGUGUUAUUCGCCACGCUUUCACCCAUCUUGUAGUAAUGUUGUGCGUGUAUUUUGGAGGAGGGGUGCAUGCUGGGGUUUGCAUACCGUCGUUGGUGUUAUGCGCAGGGAGAGGGAGGGGGAGGGGGGGCGGGGCUGCGGGGGACCUCGGAUGCUGAGGUAUUUAAAAUAUACUGUCUCUGACAGUGUUCAGCAUUAAAACAAACAUGGAUGUCUCUUUAAUCAAAGGACCAAUACGUUAUACUCAGUAGAAACAAAAUUACGUGAUGCAAAAUCUACUAAUAAGCCGUAUUAUUUUAUUUUAUUUUAUUUUAUUCUAUUUUAUUUGUUUCCAGUGGAGAAGCACAAGUUUAACAGACAGUGUAUCGGGGAAGAAUAGCUAUACAGGUUAAAGAAGUCAUAUAUUUAUUUAUUUUCUAAUUCCUUCCUUCUUUUUCUCUUUCACUUUUUUUUUUAACAAUCGUGUGUAUCUUUGCCCUCAAUGAGGACUGUACAGCUUUUUGUGUUUUGUUUUCACCUUGUGUGUAUAGUUGCGCAUCUACAGUAACGUAUCUUAUUUUUGUAACUGUGACAAAAGUAUACACAUACAGUAUAGAUGUAUAUAUACCGUAUAUUACCCAGAAGUAAUGUGACAGGAGGGAUUCUCUGUGCUGCACAUGAUUGUCUUCGGAUUGUUUUUGUUUGCUUUCUGUUUUUUUUGUUUUCUUUUGUUUUAUUCUUGCACUGGAUUCGAAAACUGCUUGAUGUAAAGAAAAAAAAAUGUGAUAAGUAAAUGUAAUUUAUUCAAAUAAAUACCAAAUAAUGGUUA